GAUUGUUUUAAAGCAUUUUUAAAAAAUAUCUGAGCGCAUGAAAAAUUCAGAAAAAUAUUAAUUAAAGCGGAAUUAGAAGUCCACAAUUAAAAUGAGGCAUUGGAGUGAAUUUACAGUCGAUAAGGUACUGGGAAAGAGAUUCUGCAACGGAAAUUGUCAGUACUUGCUUAAAUGGAGAGAUUAUCCAAACUCAUGGGAAUCUGUCGAUAAUUGCAGUAACUGCAUUGAUUUAAUUAAAGAAUAUGAGGAAGAACGGAUUCAGGUGAAAACAGGAAUGAAAAAUGUUGAACUUGAUCAGAUUAUUGGAGCUUUUCAAAAUCGAGAAUUAAUCUUUAUAUUGCAAUGGAAAGGCACUAGCUUUUGUACAUUAAUGUCUUCAAAAAUAGCUAAUCAUGCUUACACCCAAGCCGUCAUCCAAUUCUACGAAGAUAGAUUUAUCUGGCUAUAAAUAUGAAUUUGCCGUAAAGAUUAAAGAACAUUAAAUAAAGUCUUCGUUUGGAACUGAUACAGUAAAUUGUAAGCUUUUUAAUGAUUGUCUUUACUUAAUAGCUUUUGAGAGGUUUUAUACGAUAAGCUAAGUAUUAAAUUAAGGCAUUUUGUGGCAAUAAUUUCAGUAUUAGUUCAGUUUUAAUUGAAGUAAGAUGGAUAAAACAUUUUUAGUAGCUUUAUUAUUCAGCCUAGUCUUCUUCCUGUUGAUCAUUGGAAGCGACAGUAAACCACAAAUUUGUCCUUGCAUGUUAGCUCGGCUUGCACAGCAACAAGCACAAUAAAGUCAUGACGUAGAAAUAGUCAUGGGACAUCCUUAGAAGAUAAUAGAUAAGCUGCGUAAACAAAAGCAACUGACGUCAAUUAAACCUUUACGUACUCUCAGCAUCUGUUUUAAUUUAACACUUGAUACUAAGCAAACAUUAAUUACUGUUUAUCCUAAAUUGUCAUUAAAAGUGGAUGAGUGGCACACAUUGAAGCACUCAAAUCCUUUUUU